CAGCGCCAUGUUGAGCCACAACGGUAAACAUAGGACACGUGACCCACCAUGUGACGUCACAGCCAACCCGGAAGCAGGAGCUCUAAACAGCUUGCAAAAUGGUGUCUCUGGUCUGCACCAUACAAGGCCACCUUGAUGACGUGAACUGCUGCGCGUUCUCCUCCUCGCUCCUGGCCACCUGCUCGGCAGAUAAAACCAUCCGGGUCUACUCCACCCGAGACUUCUCCGAGCUCCCGUUCUCACCGCUUUCGGGUCACGGCUACGGCGUCCACUGCUGCUGUUUCAGCCCCUGCGGGCAGUACCUGGCGUCCUGCUCCACCGACGCUACCACGGUGGUGUGGGCGAUGUGCAGCGGCGAGAUAGAGGCCGUGCUCCAGCAUCCUGGCAGGAGUCCGGUCAGAGUGUGCGCCUUCUCACCUGACUCCUCCUGCCUGAUAUCGGGAGCUUCAGAUGGCACCGUGGCUCUGUGGGACUUCACCUCAAGGACUUUGCUCAGGACUGGCGCCGUUCCUGACACCACGAUGGUAGCAUGUUCCUUCAGCCCGUGUGGUCAGCUGUUUGCUACAGGAUCCACAUAUGGAGAUCUGCGUAUCUGGGACUUGGGAAUGAACCAGCUCCAUGCCGAGAAGUACGCCCAUGACCUCGGGGUCACCUGCUGCCAGUUUGCACCGCAGAUAAUGACAGAUAAUGCACUCUGUGUGGUCCAGUUCCGUUUGGCCUCCUGUGGUCAGGACGGCUUGUUGAAGGUCUGGCUGGUCUCCCGGAACUUCUCUACAGGUUGUAAGAUGCAGCUGAUACACACACUGUCAGGGCAGUCGUCUGCAGUCCUGUGCUGUUCCUACUCUGCAGACGGACAACUUUUAGUCUCUGGGUCUAUGGAUAAGAGUGUUGCGGUUUAUGAAGCAAAUAGUGGAGUUUUACUCUACACCCUGAACCAGCAUGAGAGGUAUGUGACGGCGUGUGCCUUCUCCCCGACCGCGCCCCUCAUCGCCACCGGCUCCAUGGACAAAACGGUGAACGUGUGGAGGGUGGAGGACGGCUGCAGCGCUCAGGGUGCUGGACCUGAUGGCAAAUCUCUUCCAGAAGACGUCCCUUGUGGCUCACAGGAAGCAGGCAGGAAGUGGCCGGGUCAUUCCAGGCUGACGGUGAGCGAUUGGUCGGAGGAUGAUGUGUCGGCAUGGUUACGGGAGGAGGAGCUAGAGAGCCUCGUCAACACGUUUAAGGCCAAUAACAUCGACGGGGCAGAGCUUCUCUCACUCAGCAAGGAGAGCCUCAGCUCGGAGCUCCAUAUAGAGUCGUUGGGUUUGCGCAGUAAAAUUCUGCGCAAGAUCGAGGAGCUGAAGAUGGCCCCGGUGUCCGACGGCAUUCCUGACGAGUUCCUCUGCCCCAUCACGCACGAGGUCAUGAAAGACCCGGUGAUCGCUGCAGAUGGCUACUCGUACGAGCGGGAGGCCAUCGAGGGCUGGAUCAAGACGAAGACCCGCUCCAGCCCCAUGACCAACCUGCCCCUGCAGACCACCCUCCUCACCCCUAACCGCACGCUCAAAAUGGCCAUCUGCCGCUGGACCAACAGCCAGUGAUCAGCCGCGGCACACGUUCUCUCACAACGCUAGCUAACGCUGUAAUGAUUCUGAAUCCGGUAUGCUGGAAGCUUGCCACAAUCCUCAAACACGCCGUAUCGACGGUUAGCAUGUCAUCCUCGUCUAGACGUGCGCUUAAUUAAAACGCAAAACUAUGCAAAAGAUGAACGACGUGCCUUGAGCCUGGAGUCUGUAGGAACCUCACGAUACGGGUUUCUACAUGGGUUUUCAGUCAAAUCAAUGGAGCUGAACUUUAUUUAACCUGAAAAAAAUCUAUACAUUAUUUAAGGCUUAUGUUAAGUUUAUCUGUAAAAAUGUGACAAUUCGAGCAGCCAAUUACUGAUCAUAAUGAAUGAUUCAUUGUUCAAUUAAUAUCAAUCAUCAUUUAAACAGUUAUUGGUCAAUUAAAAAAUUUGCAUUAAUAGUUCAAUUAAUAAUGAAUGCAAAUUAAUUUCACUAAUCGAUUAACUAAUUAAUUGAUGAUUGAUUAAUUACUCAUAAUUAUCGUCUCACAGCGAACUCUUAGGUUGAAAACCAGCACACUCCUAAUGGCAGCCACAAGAAGGACCAGUUAUACCCUAUGUAGUGAGAUUAGAAGGUGAAUAGGAUGUGACGUCACUGUGAUCAGAUCUUAGGAACGUCUGGGAAAAUGUGAAGUAUCUGUAAUAAAAUCUACUUCUAUUCGAACGCA